UCUAACGCUUGUUUUAAACAAUUGUAUGUGAAUUACGUCGUAAGGUUUAUUUACUUUAUUACAAAUAGUUUUAAAAUGCAUAGAAGAGAGGUAGCUCAGUGGUUAAAAGAACUCUGUUUUUGCCCGCGACGCUCCUCGGAUCUUAGAACAAUGGUGACACUUAAAGUAGAAGCUUUCGGAGUAUACAAAGGCAAGAAUGUUCAGAAGUUCACAUGGACCACCUCGGCUGGAGCGGAAAUAUCUGUGAUAUCUUACGGAGCUAUCAUACAGGCUUUAAAGGUGCCAGACAAAUAUGGAGUCAAGAAAGACCUGGUCCUCGGUUUUGAUGACCUAGAAGGUUACGUACAGAGGAAUACUCCGUACCUUGGAGCCACUGUUGGGAGGUGUGCGAACCGUAUUGGAAAUGCCACCUUCGAGAUAGAUGGCAAGACCUACAAUGUAGCCAAAAAUAUUGGCAAAGAUCACCUGCAUGGCGGAAUAGUUGGGUUCGAUAAGGUAGUUUGGGAGACCACCAUAGUGAAGAACAAAGUCAUCUUCAGCUACCUAUCCAAGGACCUAGAAGAAGGGUACCCAGGUGACCUGAUCACCAACGUGAUAUACGAAGUGACAGACGACAACCGACUUCAUUUGGACUUCAAAGCUUCGACUACUAAGAAGACGGUGGUUAAUCUGACAAACCACUCGUAUUUUAAUCUGGCUGGACAUGAUGCUGGGGCUGAUGAGUUGUAUUGUCAUUGGGUGGUUAUUAACGCUGAUAAAAUCACUAAGACGGAUGAGAACUCGAUUCCUACCGGGUCCUUCAUUCCUGUUCAGAACACACCCUUCGACUUCACAGUCCAAAAGAAGUUGGGGGACGCCAUGGCUUUGGGAAGUAACCUCUUCGAUGAUAACUACUGCAUCGAAACUUAUGGACCUGAGAUCCUGACCUUCGCAUCAGCAGUAACCCAUCCAGCAUCAGGCCGUUUCCUGGAAGUGCACACGAACCAACCAGGAAUUCAGUUUUACACCGCGAACUUCUUACCAUCCCCAUCCGAACCAGCGCUGGUUGGCAAGAGUGGGGUUGGGUACCGUCGCCACGGGGCCUUCUGCUUGGAAACCCAGACUUACCCAGAUGCAGUUCAUCAUGAGAACUUCCCCACGGCUCUGUUGGUGCCUGGUGAGGUUUAUAACCAUAGAGUUGUGUAUAGAUUUGGAGUUUAUAAUACUGAUAAAGUGGUAGAAGCACCUAUUGUGAUGCCGGCAUAGGGGAGAGAAUCACCUUCCUUCUUUUUCAUAUUUUUAUUUUUAUUUAUUGAGUGUAAAAACCAUAUUUUAACAAUGCAAUUUUUAUGAAGUUUUAUAAAAUAUAUAAAUUUACCUAUAAAGUGUAUUGAUAAAUGUAUUUAUUGGAUUUGUUGAAAUAAAGCAACUAAAUUAUUGAUUUAUUUAUUUACUUAAAAUAAUGUUAUUUGCUUAACACAAUUACUGGAUUGAAAUUCGAUAUUGUAGGUAUGAUGUAUUGAUCUACUUAAGAUAGUUUUUCAUAGUAAAUAAAAAUCAUGAAUUAAAAUAAAAGCACAUACAUAACUUGAUUCGUGAAUAGAAUAUUUUUUGGAAAUCAAACUAAUUAAAGUCCAUAAUUUUAUUGUCAUCGCUAUUUUUACAUAUUUAAAAACAGCUGUAAUAAAACAAAUUGGAAUUAA